GUUGCAUAUCGCACUUGUUCCGAAGGCACUAAAAUGUCAAUAGAACUUAGCCACCAAGUUUAAGAACCGUUAGUUUCGUCUAAAAUGUCAUCGCUGCAUUUACCACGAGUGGUUAGUCAGAGAGGGAAAAGUUCCCUUGAGGUCGAGCGUGAAAAUUUUGAACGAAGACAGACGAAUGCCAUUCAUAAAGCUAUAAAUAGUCAAGAAACACCAGUUAAAGAGAAGCAUGUUAGAAAUACAAUUUUGGGCAGUUUCCAAGAUGGAGGAGCAAGUAUGUUUUGGACAAUCACUGGCAAACUUCCACUUCAAGGCAAUCCUAUUGUUUGCUGGAAGUUUUGCCAUGUGCUACAUAAGCUGAUGAGAGAUGGACACCAACAUGUUGUACAUGAUUCUAUGAAAUAUAGAAGCCAUUUAAAAGAUCUGGGAAAAUUGUGGGGACAUUUAAAAGAAGGCUAUGGUAAACUUAUAGCAGCCUAUUGUCGGUUUUUAAUACAAAGGUUGAAUUUUCAUAGAAAGUUUCCACGGAUACCAGGCAACCUGACAAUGAGUGAUGAUCAAUUUAAUAAAAUAUGUGGAACAGAUGUUAAUAAUUAUUUUGAAUUUUCUAUUGAUAUGUUAGAUUUACUGGAUGAAAUCAUUCAUCUACAACAAAAUGUUUUUGGGUCCCUGGACAUGUCUCGAGCGAAUUCUAUGACAACUGCUGGCCAGUGUCGUCUGGCACCAUUAAUAUUAGCCAUAUUGGAUUCUUGUCAACUUUAUGAUUACCUUGUUAAAUCUCUAUUUAGACUUCAUGCAAGUUUAACACCAGACACAUUAGCUGGCCACAGAGAGAGAUUUUUAAAUGGUUAUAAAAAAUUAAAACAGUUUUACCAUAGCAGUAGUAACUUACAGUAUUUUAAAACUCUAGUCCAAGUUCCUUCACUACCCGAGGAACCGCCAAAUUUUUUGAUGGCAUCUGAUUUUAGUAAACACGUAAAGCCAGUAGCUGUUGUUCCACAAGAAGCUGAUCCAGAACCAGAACAAGAUCUAGACACACCGGAUGAUUCAUUACUUGAUCUCUCAAAUCCACAGCAACCGGAUCAGUUUGAUCAGACAUUCGGUCAGAAUAAUAUGGGUUCUUUCAAUUUUAAUGGCAGACCUCCUGAACCAGAUGAAAGAGAUUUGUUGAUUGACAGACUACAGAAAGAAAUAGAACAAUUAAAAGAAGAACUGCAACGAGUUAAAGCAGAGGACCAAAGAGUGAUAUUAUCAUUAAAAGAUGAAAUAAAUAAAUUAGAGAAGAUUUUAUCAGAAUUACGUCUGUCUGCUGAUAAGGCAUUGAAAGAGAAUGAUAGUUUAAAGAAAGAAGUAGAAGAAGCCAGAGUAGCCGUCAUAGCUGCAGAAAAACUAGGAGAUGCUGAAAAGCAAAGUAAGGCUAACCAAGAAAAGUUUCAGAAAAUGAAAGAUAUUUAUAGUAAAUUACGAGAAGAACAUGUACAGUUAUUGAGAACACAUGCUGAAGCUUCCAAACAAUUGACUGCUGAUAAAACUGCUCUAGAAGAAAAAGAACAGAUCAUUAAGGAAAGUAAAUUAGAGAAUGAACGUUUAGAGAAAGAACGGAAUGCUGUACAGGAAACCUUACAAAAGAGUGCUGAUGAUGUCACACAACAACUCUCUAUUGUUGAAGUGGCAAAAUCUCAACUGGAAAUAGACAAACAAGAAUUGGAGAAUAAAGUGCAAGAUUUAGAGAAUUGUAAAGUCACCCUAGAUUCCGAGUUACAUGAAAGUCAUGAAGCUGCUUCCACACUGACAGCCCAGUUACUAGAAGCACAGCAAGCAAUGGAACAAAAGGAACAACAAUUAGGAGCUCAACUUGCAGACCUACAGGGACAACUAGCCCUAACCCUCGAAGAAAAAAAUAAAAAUGAGGGCAGCCUCGGUGGACAGUUGUCUGAUCUACAGAAAAAGUUUGACUUCACCUUAGCCGAACGUUUAGCAGCUGAGGAUAAAUUAUCUCAAGAUAUUCAGUCAUUACAGCAAAGAUUAGAGCAGACAGAGAAAGAUGGUCUAGAAACGCAGGCUAAACUUAAAGAAAAUAUUGAUGAACUACAUAGAAAACUUCUAGGUAGUUGUGUAGCAGAAGGUAAAAUAAUUAUAAAAGAUGCAUUAGAACAACAUGAUAAUCCAACACAUACAACAGUCACAUGCACAGCAGAAUAUUUAUUAUUGCGAGCUGAACCAGCCUUAUCUAGUCUCAAGAAAUUGAAAUCCAGUUAUGAUGUAUAUAAUACAGAUAAAAAAGAGUUAGAAGAAUUAGUAAGUAAUAUAAAUGAAUUCUCCCAUCACCUAGGAGAUUGUAUAAUACAUGGGUUUGCUACAUCUCAUUCUGCACAAAUAGAACCAGGACUACAAUUGGCAUCAAUAUGUAAAGAUGUUGGAGUAUCUGGUGUAGAAUUAUUAGAUAGUGUAGAAAAAAGAAGUGAUGUAACCAGUCAAAUAGAUAAAACUGUACAACAGGUUAAUAACUUAGUGAAGUUAGCAGAAGAUUUACUACCAAAGAUGGAGGAUGUUAAAGCGGAGGAGAUUGGGGAUUUAGUAGAUAAAGAAAUGUCUUCUACUACAGCUGCCAUUGAAGCAGCUGCUGCAAAAAUAGAGGAAAUGUUAAAGAAAACACGAGAAGUAACAACUGGUACUGAAUUAGAAGUUAAUGAAAGAAUAUUAGAUGCCUGUACUGCUUUAAUGAUAGCAAUAAAAGAAUUAAUGGAACAGUCUCGAGAUCUACAGAGAGAAAUUAUAGCACAAGGAAGGGGAACUUCAUCAGCUAAAGAUUUUUAUAAGAAAAAUCAUCGUUGGACAGAAGGCUUAUUAUCAGCUGCUAAAACUGUUGGAUUUGGAGCUUCCUCUCUGAUGGAAUCUGCUGAUCGAGUGGUAAAGGGUGAAGGUAAAUUUGAAGAGUUGAUUGUAUUUGCCCAGGAUAUUGCAGCCAGUACAGCUCAACUUGUUGUUGCAUCUAAAGUUAAAGCGGAUAAAAAUAGUAAAACAUUAGGCUUGUUAUCUAACGCAUCAAAACGUGUUAAUAAUGCUACUGGCAACGUGGUGGCUUCAGCUAAAACUGGUUCACAGGUCAUAGAAGAUCAAGGAUUAAUGGACUUCAGUAAAAUGACACUGUAUCAAACUAAAAAGAUGGAGAUGGAAGCUCAAGUUAAAGUUUUAGAAUUAGAGAAUGAAUUAAAGAAAGAGAGAAUGAGACUGGGAGAAUUACGUAAACAACAUUAUCAAUUAGCGGGAGAAAGUGAAGGCUGGGAGGUCGAUCAGGAAAUUGAUGAAAGUGAAGGAGAUCAUAGUGCACCUUUAACUUUAGCUGAUUUAGGUGUGCCUGAUUGGGCUGAACCGUGGGAUUCAGAUAUGUUAUAGGGAAAAAAGAGUUGACCAUCUUUUAGCCUCAAUACCCAGAUGACAAGGGGACAUAAUUAGUGCAUAGAUGGCAUUCAUCAAUAUAUAUAUAAUAACAGGCAUAACACUAUAUACACUACCCAUAUAAUCGAACAUUGGCGUUUUCGUUUAUUUUAAAUAACGCUUUCAAGAAAAUUGGCCAGGGUUUUGUUUAUUUUGUAGAUAUAAAAUUAUUUUACGGUAUGUCAAUUGUAUAUUUGUGUUUUGAUUAUAAAUGGAUUAAGUAUUUAUUUGGAUGGAAUAUACCGAUGAUGAUACAAGAAAUUUCUUUGAAUUUUAAAUGCACUAAUCUUAUGUUGGCUUUUAUUGUGAAGAUAAAUGCCACUUUUAUUGUUUGGUUAUCCUUCCUUUAGACUUGGAGAUAAAUGAUAUUUUAACUUGGAAGCUUUUAAUCUCUAACAUUUAAUUUAUGGUGAAAACGUUGCGAAUUUGAUAAAGAAAUCAACUUAUACACACAAUCUAAAUUUGACAGAGAUGGAUGAAAAUUAUCCAUGUUUUGCUUAUAUCCAUUUCAAUUGGGUUGAUUUUCAUGAUAGAGUUGUCUAAUGGAUGUUAAACAACAUUUCUCUCUCUCUUUCAUGAUAAAGUGCUCUGAUUGGCCACUUCCUAUAAACCAACCAAUGGAAAUUUGAUCAUACUCUGUUUGGGUUGAUUUUCAUGAUAGAGUUGUCUAGUGGAUAUUAAACUCCAUUUCUCUCUCUCUCAUGAUAGAGUGCUCUGAUUGGUCAUUUUCUAUAAAGUAAUCGACCAUAUUUGAUCAUACCCUAUUUGUGAAUGGACAUAAGGAGCAAGACAGUGAUUAUUUGUAAAUGAUUAGUGUAUUUUAAUUUAUGUUUAUUUGUUGUUAUGUGAUUAUAAUAUAACUGUGUGGUUAUUAUUAACGAUGAUAAUAUGAAUUGUUAUUAAAUCUAUAUAUGUAUUAUAUAUUUUGUUUUAUGAGGCAGGGACUUGUUGGAGUAUGUAUCUUAUAGUUUUAUAUCUUCUCAUUUACCAUUCAUAUAUACAGGAAGCUAUUGGCAACUAAAUCAUCCAAUAAGCUUAAAGCACAGGGCACACAGACAGUUGCUAUUGGCAACUAAAUCAUCCAAUUAUAUUUGAGCGUCCACUUAAGUUAACUUGCUCAUUGAUGAGUCUUAUGUAAUCAUGUGACUAUUCAGUACAGACAUUCUGCUAUGCAUCACAUAAAUGCUUGAAGCAUCAUCUUGAUAAAAUUGUGUGAAUCUGGAAUCAGUGUAAGGGACUACGCUAAAAUUCAACACUUGGGUCCAAACGAACGAUCCACAGAUAUAUCUUGACCACCUCCCAUCCUUGCCGAUGGAGCUAUAAAAUGUUGACACGGAUGGAUUUGGGUGCUUGUUUAAGACUAAAUAUGAGCACUACAUAUACACAUCUUUUGAUUAUCUGCAUUUAUCAGGGGAGGUUGGAUGACCGAAUGGUUAACGCAGGUGCACUGUAUCAAUAGAUCUGUCAUUGAGUCAACUGGCGUGGUUUCGAUUCCCUGGUUGAACUUGACAAGGAGUAGGGUCGCCUGUACAACCUCGUGGGUUUUCUCCGGGUCCUCCAGUUUCCUCCCACUGCUAAAGACCCCUAUGCGCAAGCGAAUUAUUGAAAUAAUAUUGAACCAUGUUAGUUCCGAAAUGACCUAGUUUGUGUCCAGGUUAAACCGAAUUUCUCUCUCUUUCUCUCUCAUUUAUCAAAAAUGGACUAGGAUCACAGCCAAUAUAUAAUGCAAUAACUUAACUAUCACAUCCCAUUUAUGACAAGAAUUUUCACCAUUUUCAAACCCUACAUCAGAUUCCCAUUUAGGCUAGUGUGUGCACUGUGCUUUAUAUACCAGCAUUAAAUAUAUUUUGUUGAAUAGUAUGAUUAGUUUUUAUUGUGUAUAGAACAGAGAGCAUGCCAUAUUAUUUUAAUUUUAUUAUAGAUGUAAUUAUUUCAAUAACAGGGUUUAUACAUAAUAAACUUAGAAUUAAAUUGCGUUUUACUGAAAACAUGAAAUAUUGUGUUUGCAUAUUAAUUCUACAGGUGUAAAUGACUGGCUAGAGGUAAUUAAUCAAGGUGAAAUCAAUAUUAAGAAGAGGUUAUGCGAUUCGUAGCCACAGUGGUUAGGGUUAGGGCAACUAUUUUUUAUUGAAACUCUGUAUAAUAAACAAGCACAAGGGUUAGGAAUAGGAUUAGUUAAUUUUAGUUCAAUAAUUGUAAUCCUUUACAAUGCCCUUUCAAUACUUCAAAAGUAUUUACUAGGUAAACUUAAUUCAUAAAUGCAGUAUUUAGGUUGUAAUCUUUAUUCUUAAAGUAGCUAAGUCUCUAACUCAAUAUCAUUCAAAAUCUUCCACAUUGAAAACACAAAUUAUUUGUCGGCUUAAAUCAAAACUGAUGUUGUGAUCUUACCGGGAAAAGAUGGCCUUCUGACAUCCAAUAUUUAAGACAAAAUAAACAUUUUACAAUUGGUACACGAAUCGUGUACCAUAAUGCAUUUCAGCGCUAUUUGUAAUAAGGGACUCGAAGAACGAGGCUAGACAUAUUCAACAAGUCAUGUCAAACGGUGAAGCUAUAUUCUUAUCUGGAGAGUAUGCGCAGUAAAUACCUUCGGCAUAGACUGGAAUAACCAGACGCUAGAGAUUGCCAUUCGAUUGAGACUUCUGGCGUAUUUCGCCGAACCUAACUGAUUAGAAAUUACAGUAAAAACAGAAACGAUUGAAUGUAAAUAAUUUAUAUACAUUCAUAUUACAUUAUUGUAUGGUUGCGACCCAUUUGUGUCAAUUUCUAGGUCCAAAAUAUUAGCCAUUUAGCUCCUUUAAACAUUGUGGUUAUGAAUAACAUCUUCCGAUCUUUAUUUGUCAACACUUUUGUUACCAAGUAGACUUUAUUCAUAAAUACUGUGGUUAUAAAUAACCUUGUCCUAAAUAUUAAACAAAAUCUAUUGGCAUUAAUUUUUCAUCCACCAUCUAAUUCACAGAGAAAAUAUUUAUAAUACUACACAGAGCAGAAUAAUAUGAUGCCAAGAAAUAUACAUCACUGUUGUGAUUGGACUUGUUACAAGGAAAAUGAAAUGUAUUUUCUUGUCCAUCCCAGUAUAUUUAAAAAAAACCCAAAAAACUUCUUUAUCAAUUAACUUUAUCUUAUUCCAAGAAGUUUUUUUGUUGGAUUAUCUUUUAUAAAAAUGUCAGAUGUUUAUAGGGGGAGAUGAUAAAAUAUUAAAAUUGAUAAUUAAAAAGUGAAUUAUUAUAAAUACACCGGGCCAUAUGUAUACUAGAUUAUGAUAACUUUUUUCAAUUUUAAAAUCUUUUGAUAUUGUAUUUCUAUUUACUAAUAUUUUAUGGAAUGCAUAUUUACUUAAUUCCUGUAAGCAUUUAAAUUGAUGCACAUGAAAUUAAACUGGUCAUUGUCUUUAAAUUUAUUUUUUUUUCUUCUAUACACCUGGCCAUAUAUACUAGAUUAUGAUAACUUUUUUUCAAUUUUAAAAUCUUUUGAUAUUGUAUUUCUAUUUACUGAAUUCCUGAAAGAAUUUGAAUUGAUGCACAUAAAUUUAAACUGGUCAUUGUCUUUAAAUUUGUUUCUUUCUUCUAUUUUUUAAAAAGAAAAUACAUUUUUUGAUAUCCUUUAAUUCUUUUUUUUUCCAUUGAAGUGGUUAAGAAUUGUAUUUCUUACAUUCAUAAUAUGUAUAAAAUAUUCACUAUUUAUGUCAUGUUUAAACCCUUGUUAAUUACCUUUCAAUAUUCAAAUCCUUUUUUUUUUAGAUAAAUGAAAUAAGUAUAAUUGAAAUUAUGAUGCAUUGUAUAUAUAUAUAUGUAAUUUAUUUUGCAUUUUCAUUAACGAAUCUCCCUGCUAACUGAUCAGCAGGUAAAUAUUUGCUUGGGGCAAGUUAAUUAUCCCUUAAUAUUAACUCUUUUUCGUCUGCAAAUUAAAUUCUAAAACAAUUGGUGUAAAUGGGUAUGUAAAAUGAUUAAAAGGUGCUAAUUCUGCAUGGACCAGUUUGCAUUAAUAGCUGAUGUGACCUGAAAGGUCAGUUAUCUUGUACAGUGUUAAAAAGCUUGUACUAAGAGGAGUUUGAUUAUCAAGAAUCUACAUCUAGAUGUUCUGUAUAGAUUCAAAUCACAAUUAAAUAUGUUUUCCAUAUCUGAAUUUAAGGCAUGUCCUAUUUCUGUGAAAGAGAUAUUCAUUUUGUUUCCUAAAGAUUUCAAAACCAAAUCCAGAUACUUGAAUCUACAAAUCUGCCUGGGCGUGUUGAUUCUUGUCAUGCUCAGUUUUUGAUUUGUGAUGGACCUCCCUUUUGAUUCUAAAGAAUUUGCACCAAGGACUCUUCACAAGUUCAAGCAUGUUGAUUUAGAUUUGAAACUGUGCUGGAAAAAGAGAAUGGAUUAUGAAUCUGGAAAGAACCUUGAUUCAAAUGUACCACAAUGCACCAAAUGCCCUUUGUCUGCAUUGUCAAAAGCCAAACCUUAAAUUUUCACAAAUUUUGCCAUUAACCUUUUAUUAAUUAACAAUAACAUCUUAUGUUGCCUGUUUAAGAGAUUUCAUACAUUUUUAGAAAAUUAUAUUAUUUUUAUCAUCUGCAAUAGAGCUACAUACUGCAUCCUUCAUGAUUUAAAUGUUCCAUAUUAACAUGCGCCACUGUUACUUGGGAUUUGGACCCAGUUGUACAAUUCUAAUUGAUAGAGAUGCUAUAAAUGUAGACUCCAUGACUUUCAGAUGAAAGAAAUGAUAAAGAUCAGGUUGUCAUUAAGUUGAUCAAAAAUUGUAUUUAUAAUUUUGUGUUAUUAAAGGGGAAUAUUCAGAUUGAAGCAAAUGGUAACUGUCUGUAGAGGGUUAAAUUUCAAAAUCAUUAAAACAUGUCUUCAAUUAUUGUAAGAGUGUUACAUAUAGUCCUUAGUAGUCUUGGUCGCUCUAUCCCAAAUUGUCUCCCCUUUGACAGGUCUGGACUAAAUACAACCGUGUAUGCAAUGACCUAUGGGAAGUGUUGUUUCAAUCUACCAGUUAAAAAGGGUUAUGCAUACUUCGAAAGUGAGGGUGAAGGUCAUUUUCUAUUUCACCCAAUCGUAAGAAAUACACAAAUCCCUGUAAGACCUAUGACAUUGUAAACAAUAUUGUCGGACCAAUAUAGUCGAGUGAAGGCGGUUUGGAUUAGAGGAAUUGAGACUAGGUCCAAAGACAAGUGAUUAUUACCACGGUUAAAAACUGCCUGCAAGAAAACCAAACCAAUUUUAACAAGUAACUAUGACAACACAUUAUUGAUUGUAUUUUUAUUUAUUUGCUAUAUGUUUUUUUGUUUAUAUAUUUGAUAAGACUUUGUGUACAGUACUUUUAAAUAAACAUGUCACAAUAACAAGACAAUCAAUAUAUACAUUGUAUAUGAACAGACAAUAAAAUUAUAUAAAAUUA